AUUCCUCAAAGUUUUCCUCAGUUGAAACUCAUGUGUCUCUCGCAGCACACACGAAGCUUCCCUCUCACUUCCCCACGCACCUCUUCACUCACACACACUCCCCCGUCGACUAACGCCAUUGGUCGACCCCGAAUCCCUCCUCGACGUCUGAUUGGCUAGUCGGCCCGCAUCUCUCAAUCCCCACACACCCUAGCGGACAGUUCGAGAAUUAAUAUUAUUAUAUACCGUAUAGAAAGAAAGUUAAACCUAUUAGUACCGUCGACCAGAACGUACAAGUUUCUCUCUUUUCCGAAGGUUGUCGUACAUAAUCUGAGUUUUAUUAGUUACGUGGAUUUUUGUAAAGUUAUAUUUUUGUGAAAAUCGUUGGAGAUACGCAGCGAACGGUACGCGAACGUCGACUGAACGAGCAUCCAGAGUUGACUACUGGUCUUGGUUAAGCAACGUAAAGACGGAUCCAAACAUGGAUGGGGGUCCGUUUGACGACGGUCUCUUCACAGAGUUUCAGUCGUGUCCAAUCAUGAACAGUGGGGGGAAACACCUACCCCCCACCAACCCUCAUCAUGGUCACCAUCAAGGGGAGAACCAGCAGAGAGGGGGACCCAGUAAUGUGCAUUCUAUACAGGUGAUGUUAGGCCUCCAAUCAGAAAUGAUGCUGAGUUUGCACAUGAACAAAAUCGAAUCGGCAGGGGGGCGACCACCCUCUCCACCAGGCAUGCACUGUGGGGGAGACCCUCUCUGCGUACCCCUGCCUUCUCCUCCGUCAGUCUACGGCGGAGGAGGAGGAAUGGUAGGAGGAGGAGGAGGUGGUCAAGGAGAUGGAGACAAGAGACACCAAAACAAGGAUCUGGUUGGCCUACAACAGCAGAGUCUUCACCAAGAGGCAGUGUCCACUUCUAGUGGGCCAAUGGGAGCUCUAUCCAGCACCACUCAAACUAUGACUUCUGGACAAGUUGAAGGAACCACGAUAAACUCGGAAGCUCAGUCCACAACCAACAAGAAAUCUUAUUCCAAAAGCAAGAAAAACGACAACAACGGGGUUAAAAAGAAGAAGACUAGGACAACAUUCACAGCCUACCAGCUGGAGGAGCUGGAGCGAGCCUUCGAGAGAGCGCCCUACCCGGAUGUGUUCGCCAGGGAGGAGCUGGCCCUAAAACUGACCCUCAGCGAGUCGAGGGUCCAGGUCUGGUUCCAGAACCGUAGAGCCAAGUGGCGCAAGCGUGAGCCACCGCGCAAAACCGGGUACAUCGCCAGCACCGGGGAUGAAUACGGCUCACCAAUGCCCGUCCCGACUGGUAGCUUUUCGUUCAACACCAGCCCCCCUGGCCCGAGCGGGGGCCCCCCUGACCCCUGGGGCUACAGCCCCGGCUAUGACCUCACCCAUCUCAACGUCGCCUAUCCGCCCACUUCCUCCUCCUCAUCAUCGCCCUACCCACCACCAGGGGGCGCCUGUCAGGGGGGUUCGGGGGGCUACGCCCUGCAUGACCCCGUCGUCGGAUUUGGAGGCAGUCUGUUCCCCAGACAUGAAUAUUUGGGGGAUGAGUCGCCCCCUCAGAUGUUGCCACAUAUGUCGGAGCUAUCCGAUCCUAAGGUUGAGUACUCAGUUGACAGUGGCCAGGUUCAGGGAGACGAUGGAAGAUCGACGACAAGCAUUGGAGGCUACAAUGUCAACGAUUGUUCCAUGAUCAGAGUCAAGAUGGAGCCAGAACAUCAGUCUAACUGCUAUGGCAACCUCCCACCUUUUCUCAAUUGACAUUUUCCUAAAAAUUAAUCUUUAAAAGUGACAACUUAUUUGAAAGUUAUGAAUAAUAGGUCCAUCGGAGAAUAACUGCUUUGAAAAUAUACCACCUCUUCAUAAUUUUCU